UCCCGGCGCAUAUAAAAUCUGUUGGCGUCGCCAUCAGCGAUCUUUUCAGUCGCAUGCUGAAGUUGUGYACGGAUCAUGUCUAGCGAUUCUGCUGAUUACAACAGCUCAAGAGAUAGAGACCAUGGAGGGCCAGAAGGGAUGGAGCCUGAUGGUGUCAUUGAGAGCAACUGGAAUGAGAUUACUGACAACUUUGAUGACAUGAACCUGAAAGAGUCUCUUCUCAGGGGAAUAUACGCUUAUGGUUUUGAAAAGCCAUCUGCCAUUCAGCAGAGGGCAAUCAUUCCUUGCAUCAAAGGCUAUGAUGUCAUUGCCCAAGCCCAGUCAGGCACUGGCAAGACAGCCACAUUUGCCAUCUCUAUCUUGCAGCAGCUGGACAUUGAGCAGAAGGAGACUCAGGCUCUGGUUCUGGCUCCUACCAGAGAGCUGGCUCAGCAGAUCCAGAAAGUAAUUCUGGCUCUGGGUGACUACAUGGGGGCAAGCUGCCAUGCCUGCAUCGGAGGGACCAAUCUCCGCAGUGAAAUUCAGAAGUUCCAGGCUGAAGCCCCUCACAUAGUGGUGGGCACACCAGGCCGUGUGUAUGACAUGCUGAACAGGAGACAUCUGUCCCCGAAGUAUAUCAAGAUGUUUGUUCUGGAUGAGGCUGAUGAGAUGUUGAGUCGAGGGUUCAAAGAUCAGAUCUAUGAGAUCUUCCAGAAGCUGAGCACAAACAUUCAGGUGGUCCUGCUCUCAGCCACGAUGCCCGCCGAUGUGUUGGAGGUGACGAAGAAAUUCAUGCGGGACCCCGUUCGAAUCUUGGUGAAGAAAGAGGAGCUGACUCUGGAGGGUAUCAAGCAGUUCUACAUAAAUGUUGAGAGAGAGGAGUGGAAGCUGGACACCCUGUGUGAUCUGUACGAAACUCUGACCAUCACUCAAGCUGUGAUUUUCCUCAACACCAGGAGAAAAGUCGACUGGUUGACGGAGAAAAUGCACGCUCGAGACUUCACUGUCUCUGCUCUGCAUGGUGAUAUGGAUCAGAAGGAGCGUGACGUGAUCAUGAGAGAGUUUCGAUCUGGCUCAAGCAGAGUGUUGAUCACUACUGAUCUUCUGGCUCGAGGAAUCGAUGUGCAGCAGGUUUCCCUGGUCAUCAACUAUGACCUUCCUACAAACCGUGAAAACUACAUCCAUAGAAUUGGACGUGGAGGCCGUUUUGGCAGAAAAGGCGUUGCCAUCAACUUCGUCACCGAGGAAGACAAGAGGAUUCUUCGGGACAUCGAGACAUUUUACAACACAACCGUGGAGGAGAUGCCCAUGAAUGUGGCCGACCUGAUUUGAGCCCCGAGAAUAUCUUUUCUUUUCUUUUUUUUACGCUGUGAUAGCGAUCGUCCACUUGCCAUUGUUCUUAUAUUAUUCGAGGGGGGAAAAUCCUUCUCAAUGCUAAACUUUGGAUCAGAAUUUUGGUGUGCAUUAAAGCGAGGUGACUUGUGCGGUCCCUCCUGGACAGUUGUAGAUUCUAACCUUGGUGGCUGGCUGGUUGGGGCUACAAAGCCAUGGGGUCUGUAAACUUUAAAGUCCUCAUCAGGCAUUUCUUUUCAUGUUUAAAUAAGAUGAGUGUAUUUGAUGUUCUCCACCGUUUAGUAAUAUACUUGUGGACUAAACGGUAYAAGUGCUGUAUAAAGUCUGCAAAUUACAUUAUGCUAACGCGUGCGAUGUCUUGUGGGCCUGUUUAAUAGAGGCAUUUGUCAUGUUACAUUGUAGAUUCACUUGCUUUUGUUUCUUUUGUGAAUGUACUUAAUUUAAAUGUACCAUAUGUUUUUAAACCCACUUUGCUAUAUUAGAGUUCUUCAGUGAUUUGGCUGUUCGUUUAUUUGUUCGUUUGUUUGUUUUUUUGGUGACGUUUUACCCCCACAGAGUAUAUUUCCAUUUCCACUCCUAAAGUCCUCAGAAUUCCUCUUCCUCUAGAAUUGUAUGAAUGUCUUAAUAAACUAAAGUUGCUGUAAGUAAACAAA